CACGGACCAGGCACUUGUGUGAGGAGGACAUAGCGCACUCACUACUCUCCUCACCAUGGACGGCCGGCGGGGGCUCGCCUAUAGGAAUGCGGGGCAGGUGGCGAGCUGAGCGUCUCCUCCGUGUGACAUGCUACCGACAGGAGCUCCGACCGGGACUGGUAUUAUAGGGCAGCAGCGUCCCGUUACUGCAGCUGGUGCCGGGCAGUAAUUAGGAGCGUCCUGCUGAUGAGGUGCUAGGAGCACCCGCACACCGCCACCCGCCUGUACUGUCCGCCCCGGGCUGAUGGGCUCCGAGCAGGACUUCGAGCAGCUCCGGAGCUUGUUCGCCGCCUGCGAUGUGAACGGCUCCGGGCUGGUGGAGCUGGAUGACUUCACGUCCGUGUGCACGGACCUCGGGCUCCAGCCGCGCCUCGUGCGUCCCCUGUUCCGCAAACUGGAUGUGGACGGAGACGGGCUGAUAGACUUCCAGGACUUCUGCGCCGGCUUCCAGGAGGUCUCCGAGGUCCUCAACCUGUCCGCUUAUCACCAGUCUGAGCCGCCCCCUGCCUGGGAGGAGCUGGAGGGGAGGCUGGGGAACGAGACCCGGCACCUGACCAGGGAGACCAGAGAGCAGCUAUGGGGCUUACACCAGGAGAUUCAGGAGGUCUCUGUACCUGGCCUCCUUGAACAGUAUGAAAAACUGCUUGAGAACGUGUCCCAUGACCUCCGUGCUCAUCGGCUGAACACUGAAAAACUGGAGUCCAUUCUGAAAAGAACUGAGGAGACGACAGCCUUACAGAUGGCCGAGUUGGAAGAAGAUUUCCAGAGUCAUCUGGUGAAGGCAGAAAGUCAAAUUCGUGAUGAGGAGCAACAAAGACUUGAAGCUACAGUUCAAGAAAUGCAAAGAAGACACGAGAUUGAAAUAUCAGACCUGCAAGCCAGGGUUACCAGGAUGGCAAAGCACAAAGAUGAACAGAAAGCCCAAGAAACUAGAGAGGAAAGUGGAAAACUUAAGAAACAAAUUUAUGAACUUUCUGAGGAAAAUGCAGACUUGAAACUAUCCCUACUAGAGACACAGACAAACAUCUCGCUACUACAGACUGAUCUGGACAGGCUUAAAAAUGACUUUGCUGAUCAACAAGCACAUCAUGACAGAGAAAAAUUACUGCUGAAAUCCAUCAUAGACGAGAGCACAGGAUACAGCAACCAGAUUCAGUUACUGAAUGAGGCCAACAAGUUUCUGUUUGACAAUAAUGACAGCAUGCGGUUUGCUUUAGCGAACGUUGAAAAUGAAAAGAAAAGGCAUUCCUCCCCUAAUCCUCCAAAGAGCGCUCCUGUGAUUACUUAUAGCAGAUAUGGAGCUGAGGAUGAGCCAUAUAGCAAGUAUUCUAAUGUAGCCAGCUGGGCCAAUGGAUGUAGAGACAGUGGUGUGUCCCUACCUCGAAGCCUUGGGUAUAGUGACCUAGACUGCUCUGCAAGUGACUUUGGAAGCGAGAGGAGCAACAGCUCUGAUGAGCCCUGGGAAGGGAGCGUUUCUUAUGUCAAUUCUGAAGCGGAGACAAUGGAAGCCAGAUCACAGGUUGAUGGACGGACUAAAUGGACCCCCUCACGACCAGUAAGCCGCACUGGUUCCGCUGCCUCUUCGAAAAGGCGACUACCCGCAUUUACUCCUAAAAAAGAAAGUUUGAUGGCUGAAGGAUCUCAGACCUCCUGUCCAAUAUACAGACUCGUCUUGGCUGGAGACGCGGGGUCUGGAAAGUCCAGUUUCCUUCUAAGACUAUGUUUGAAUGAAUUCAGAGGGGACAUUCCCACCACAUUAGGGGUGGACUUUCAGAUGAAGAAACUUCUAGUUGACGGAGAUUAUACAACCCUGCAGAUCUGGGACACAGCUGGACAAGAAAGGUUUCGCAGUAUAGCAAAGUCUUAUUUCCGCAAAGCACAUGGAGUGCUACUUAUGUAUGAUGUCACAUCCGAAGCCAGCUUCCUCAAUGUACGACAAUGGAUUGAUGAGAUCAAGAGCUCCUGUGAGAGAUCCAUUCCCCUGAUGCUUAUAGGCAAUAAAACAGACUUGAGGGCAGAAGGUAAUGAAUCUGGAAUUCAGACUUCAAUGGGGGAGAAGCUAGCCAUGGCCUAUAGCUCGCUCUUCUGUGAGACCAGUGCAAAAGAUGGUACCAAUGUAGUGGAAGCUGUGCUUCAUCUAGCUAGGGAAGUGAAGAAAUCUGUGGAUGUGACAAAAGAAAACUCAGAGUCCGUGACAAAACUCAGUAUUUCAGAGAAAAAGUCUACUUGCUGCAAGAUUUAGCUCUGCGUACUCUACAGCCCAACUGCUGUCCUAAAUAUGGAAGACGUUCCAAUGCGACCUGUUCGCUGUGAUAGGAAAUCAUCUAUUCCAAUAGGGACAAGAAAACAUUUUCCAGAUUGAACAAACAUUUGGUGUUCAUUUCUAGCACAUAAGUUUGAAUGAGCUCUCAGGGGAACAAACACUUUGUAUUUUUUUGCAUCACAUUUUCUAUUUCAUUUGGAUAUAUUUUUAUGACUUUACUGCCUUUAAGUAUCUGGUUUUGGAAUUUUGAUAUUUUAAAUUCAGGGUGACCAAUGAUGAUGAUGAUUUUCAAGACAACAUUAUUUUAGUAUAAAACUUGUUCUGUAAAGUUUAAUGUGUUGCUGUGACACAAGACAGAACAGUACAGAAAUGCUCCUCUAUGAGGUCUUUUACUUACUGCAAGUUUAUAUUGCACUGUGGUGGCUGCAGCUCAUAAUUCUGGAAUGAACGCUCUUGAAGUUUCAUGGACUACAUGUUCUGCUACAAGUAUAUUGGACUAUGAGCUUUGAUAAAAAGUUAUAAUUUUUAAGGUAAAUAAAGCUUUUA